AUGGAGUCUUCACCUGUGUGUCUUGGGCUUCCGCUUUGGCUGCAGUUCCUUAUCAGGGAGGAGCAUCCGUGGUGUUUGGAGGAUGACAUUAUGGUGCCAGAGCAUCCUCGGCGGAACUUGGACUUUGUCUUGAUGUAUGAGGGUGAAGGGAAGGUUCCCAUGCGCACGAUGGCCUUGUGCAGCAAUUUCGCGACAUAUGCGGAUAAGGUCUUGUGUGUGGGCUACGUGCUGCGACUUAAAAUGGGAGGUCUUCGUUGGGGCUCGCCAAGGAGGGUGGCUUGUGCAUCGGGGUACUUGAAUCGUGCAUCGACGGUUCGUGCUUCGCAAGUCCGUGGCGACUUGGACGAGGUUGCAAAGCUUGUGGAGAUGGAGCAGAAGAACGAGCCCUGGCGACUGCUGGAGUCCAUGGACCACAUGCUUCGAUCUUUGGCAUCCCUCCUGGUGGCCUUGGUCUCCCGACUAGACAAGUAG